CAUUUAUUGAGCUAACCAUGGAGGACGGCUCUGAUGCCCAGUUCAUUGUGAAGAUGUCGGGGAUGCCCUUCUCCGCAUCUUGUGAGGAUGUAGCCAAGUUCCUGGCUGGGCUGGAUAUCAAGGGAGGGAGGAAGAACGGGGUACACAUCACUAAGGAUGACUCAGGUCGGGUGAGUGGUGAGUGCUACGUGGAACUGACCUGUAAAGAAGACGUGGAGGCAGCUAUCCGUAAAGACCACCAGUAUAUGGGGGAGAGGUGGGUCAGUGUUACAGAAGCUAGUAACGAGGCUAUGGUUAACGACAUCAGCAAGUGUGACCAGAUUCAGCAGAAGUUGGACGAUAAGGGCGAGUUUGUUAUUAAAGUGAGGGGUUUACCUUGGUCCUCAAAUACGGAGGAUAUUGAGAGCUUUUUCGGCGGGUGCAACUUAAAGGAUGAUAAAGAGUCUUCAAUACACAUUCUCCGUAACUCUGAAGGACGCCUAACUGGGCAAGCGUUUAUAGAGUUCGGAGAUAUAGAGAGUUUGAACCAAGGUUUGGGUAAAAACAGAGAGCACAUGGGUAAGAGGUACCUAGAGGUAAGCAGGUCCUCUAAAGAUGAGAUGUCCAGGUUCACGGAGAAGUCAAACACGGUCUCCAAAAUGAGAGAGCCAGUAGUAUUGUGCAGAGGACUGCCUUUUUCUGCAACCGAGGAGGAUGUUUGUAGCUUCUUCUCCGGACUGGAGAUUGCAGAUCUACAGAUGGUGUACGACACAGAUGGAGUGCGACCAAUGGGCAAAUGUUUUGUGCAGUUUGGUUCUGUUAAAGACAGCGAGGCUGCAAUGGCUAAGUUUGGCGAGAAGAUGAGCAACAGGUAUAUAGAAAUAUUCCAGUCCAACAGAAAGUACUGGUACGCCCAAGAAGGAGUGCCUAUGGAGAGAGGAGGGCCGCAUGCGGAGGAAGCAAGACACGCCCCUCCCCCCAGAGGUAGACCUCGUCCCGGUCCCUACUCUAAACCACCUAGAGGAGGUGCUGGAGGUUAUGCGCCUCCUCCACGGGGCGGCCGAAUUAAACACAUGUCACAUGACCGCAGAUCCUCGCCUUAUGGAGGAUACGAUGGAUCUGAGGGAUUCGCAGUCCAGGAUUAUUCAGCGGGGGCAGGAGGGACUAGGGCUGCCGGUCUUCCAAAAAAGCACAUAGUUGUGGUAAAGGGGGUCUCAAUGGAUGUUUCCAUGGGGGAUGUUAUCAAAUUCUUCACGGAAUCUAAUCCGCCUAAAAAUGUGGAAAUGAAGUUCGGGGAAGCAGUGGUGGAGUUUCAUAGCCACGGGGACGCUAUGAGGGCUAUGUUGAAGGACAAGACCAUGCUUGCUGGUGUGAAAGUGAACCUUGAACUGCAGUCCAAACCAGAGGACUACGUGGGGUAUUCAGACAGUGCUCCUGCUGAAGAUCCUUAUCAGGACCCCUACUCAACCACCUUCAGCGACCCGUACCAGCAGAGUAAACCUUACCAAGGAACAUACAGUUCCAGUUACAGAUGGUAGAUCUAAAGGAGAUCAGAUCUUUGAGUUGACCACCAACUGCCGGUGCUCUGAAAAUCUUGCGUUUCAGCAUCGCUCAAAUGAACUGAUCGAUCACAUUUUUAUUAUUUAACCGGCUUGAUUUCAAAUAUUUUGUUUUAUUAUUCAAGAUACGUUUUAUAUUUGUUCAUUCUAACUAUUGCUGUGUGAUUAAUAUGGCUGAGAACAAGUGUGAAUAUAUUUCGACAAGUUUAUUCUACUGCUGCGUGCAGGUUUUACCAUUAAGUCGAAGAGGAACUACUUAUCCAAGCUGACUUUUGUACUUGAAACACAAUUACAAAUUAUAUCCAUGUAUUUACGAUAUUAGUAAAACUGUUAAUUUUAGACCUAAAA